CUCUGUUCACCGCUUCUGCUAACCCACACACUGCCCAUUGCCCAACAUGGCUUCUCUCAUACGCGUGCCCAUCCGUCGCAACCCUCACUACAAACGCAAUGGUCUCAAGUCAUACGUCUACCUGCUCAACAAGUACCGCAUCUCUCCCACCAUCCAGGGCCCUUACUCCGCCGCCAAAGGCAAGAAACUGCUCGUCAAACAGAACGCCGACGGCUCUCAGGGUGAAGUCACUGCGAGUGACCAACAGAAUGAUUCCCUUUACACCUGUCCCGUCAAGAUUGGCACCCCAGCUCAGACGCUGAACUUGGACUUCGACUCAGGAUCUUCCGACCUCUGGUGCUGGUCGACUGAACUGCCACAAAGCACUCUGUCCGCAGGCAAGGGACAUACCAUCUUCGACCCUUCCAAGUCAUCAACCUUCCAGACUUCCCAGGGCUCGACCUGGCAAAUUCAGUACGGUGAUCAGUCAUCUGCAUCUGGCAGUGUCGGGACCGACAACAUUGAGAUUGGCAACAUCACAGUCAAGAACCAAGCCAUUGAGCUGGCCACCAAGCUAUCCUCUCAGUUCACUCAGGAUGCUUCCUCGGACGGUCUUCUGGGCCUCGCUUUCGGCUCGAUCAACACCGUCAAGCCCUCCGCUGUCCAGACACCCGUUGCAAACAUGAUUGCCCAAGAUGACAUCCCUCAGAAUGCUGAAUUGUUCACCUGCUAUCUCGGUUCCAUCAAAGAUGCGAAUGAGGAGUCAUUCUACACUUUCGGCCAGAUUGAUCAAUCGGUCGUCCCGUCCGGUUCCAGCAUUGGAUACACCCCUGUCGACAAUUCUCAGGGUUUCUGGAUGUUCGACUCGACCUCUGCCCAAGUCAAUGGCAAGACCAUUCAACUCUCUGGGAACAAGGCGAUUGCUGACACAGGCACUACUCUGCUGCUCACGUCCGACGAGGUCUGUCAAGCAAUCUACAGUGCCAUUCCCGGUGCCCAACAGGACAGCAGCCAGCAAGGUUGGGUGUACCCGGCGAACACUGCUGAAAGUGAUCUCCCCACCGUCACGUUCAUGGUUGGCGAUACUCCGAUCACCAUUGAGAAGCAACACCUUGCCUUUGCUGGUGGCUCUGAUGGCAACAUGGUUUACGGCGGGAUCCAAUCUCGCGGCGACCAGAACUUUGACAUCUUCGGGGAUACCUUCUUGCAGAAUGUCUAUGCUGUCUUCGAUGUCGGUAACACCAGAUUCGGGGUUGUGCAACGUGCUGCACCAACAUCCACCUCGACCACUACUUCGGCAUCUACCCAGCCCAAGGCGGAAUUGUGAGCAGUUGCCUGUGGUCUCUCGCUAAGAGUUCUGGCUGUGAGCAG